GCUGCCAAACCCCACCACCCCGCUCCUUCCGUUCCUGCAGGGUCCACCCGCGCGCCUCUUUCCAAUUGACCAUCUUCCACGUGCUCGGGUUAGUGAAGGCAGCUCAGGGUCCCUCUUCGCCGUGUAGAAGACCGGGCUGAACACACAUCUCACCUUGCUCCCCAUCUCUCUAUCUUCAAACAGCCUCGUGAAAUUCCGAUUGGACGACUCUGACCCCAGCGGACUUCGAGACGCGCUCCAUCGACGCGUCUCUCGCCCAAUGAAGGCGAUGUGAAUGGCUCGACUUCUCCAACCCUGAUAGCACGCGACGGGGACGAAGAAACACCAUGCUCCACGAAAUCUUGUUGGCCCUAUCCGGCCACCCUUCACCCUUGUUCGCGGACGACCUCUUGGACGCAGAUGGCUCGCACUCCCUACCCCUCUCGCCAUCAGAGAAGGCCUUGCUGCGCUCAAUCGGCCAGCUUGCCGACCUACACCGGAAGCUGCGACGGCACAUCAACCAGAUAGCCUCUCACCACACAUCAAUCAUCUGCCGCGCAGUCGCCACAUCCAUCCAGCAAACCCAUUUGCCCAGGUUUCAGGACAAAAUCAUCCAAGUCGAACGCAAGAUCCUCACCAAAGAUGCCGCCAUGGUCGGCGCAUACGACAUUGUGCCGCUCGCCGGGGUGGUGGGCGAGUUUGACGGCUGGCAUCGGAGGAUGGCGUGGUAUUGGCGGAUUGCUUGCUUCAUGCGGCCGGAGUCCGAGUCUGAGAAACAGACUGGCUGUACUGGCGCGGCGUUGAUUGACAAACUUCGUGCGGAGCAACAGACUGGAUUUCCGGAUAUCGAACAAACCACUAUCGAGCUUAGCACCGUUGCGGAGACGGCGUGGCUGCGACAGGUCGUUUCGUGGGUGUUGUAUGGGCAAUUGCCCAAGUUUGGAGCAGAUGACUUUUUCAUUCAAUCGAGUUUGGAUGAUGGAAAUGGCGCCACUUUCAACAAAGAGAAACGACUGCUCCCUCAAUUCGUCACUGCGGCUACUGCGUCUUCCACCCUCUUCAUCGGCAAGUCGCUGGACCAAGUACGGAGAUAUGCAAGUCGUACCGGCGCUUCACACCUCCGACACCCAACAGGUAUGCGCGAGGAAGAACUCCGAGCAACACACCUGCAGCAGCUAUCCUCGCUGUCCUUACCACUUGUACCAGCUCAAUUCUCCCGCGCCGUCUCCGCCAUUCGACUAUCCGUUUCGCAGAACAUCUUACAGCAUCUCCUCCCCAUGGACGUUACGCUCCAGCUCCUCUCAUGCAUCAACGAAUUCUUCUUGCUCGGAAGAGGCGAGUUUGCCGUAACGCUGAUCAACGAAGCCGAGGCAAGGCUAUACGAACGUCAGCGAGGCAUGAGCAAACUUUUGCAGCAAGACCCCGUGAAAGCGCUGCAAGGAUUAUCGAUCAAGGAUGCGGAGUUGCAGCAAACAUUGUCCGCGACGUGGAAGACCCUCGCAGCCCUGGGGGACGAUGACAGCGAAGACGACGUCCUCGACUUCGCUCGGAAACAUAUCACUCUAUCCACUCCACGCGAGGUCGGCUCCAGACCAUCGACGUCUGAUAGCGCACAGGAUGCCCCAUCCAUCGACCUCACCACCGUCCCAUUCAACGACCUCCUCUUCCCAACCGCCACAACUCUCAACCUAACCAUAACACCGCCCCUCGACCUCUUCAUCUCCCAACGAGAAGUAGACACCUACGCAACCAUCGCCUCCUACCUCCUCGCCAUCCGCCGCGCACACCUCCGCCUCUCAAACCUCUGGCGCCAAAGCAGCGCAAGGCGCGACCACCCCUCGCCAAAAUCCCCCCCAACCACACCCCUCUCUCCACACAGCAAGACCCAGCUCGCGCAAAGACGAAUCGCAACCCGCAAAGUCUGGGCAACAUGUAGCGCAGCGCUCUUCCUCGUGUCCGAAACCUCGGCCUACUUUGAAGGGGAAAUCAUCAAAGCUUCGUGGGACCAUUUCUCGGCUUGGGUGAGGGAGCCUCUCCUCGACACAUCACCUGCUCAACGCGAUCCGGAAAGUCUGGCGUCUGCUCACCGCUCCUUUCUCAAUGCGCUGGCGUACGCCCUCCUCCUUACCGAUGUGCCGUACACAAAAGACCUCCGCUCCCUACUGACUAACAUCGACCACCUCCUUUCUUUCUUUAAUCGUCUGCUGGCAUUACAGCAGAAAACCGACCUCGAACGCAACCUUGACGAAGCGUACACAGCCGAAGCAGAAGACCAAGCGCGAAUCACACUCGAACUCGACCGUGCGAGGAAGAAAGUCGACAGCGAUUGCAAAGGUGUUAUUGCGCGGUUGCGGAAGUUGGAUCGCGAGAGGAUUGGAAGGGGGAGGGUUGCUGUUGGGGAGGGGCAAGUGGAGGGGGCAAUGGGGUUUGUGCCGGUUGUGGCUGGGGGGCUGGAGAGGUUGUUAAUGAAGUUGGAGUUUGGGCGAGUGGUGGAGGGGGUGGAAGGGGAUUUGGUCUGAUCCAUUCGUGCUGGUAUUAACCAAUGGAUGAAGAAGCAAAGGCCGUACGAUGCUGUGUUCGGAAUCAAACAUCCAAGUCCAAUCGAACUUACGCCGAUGUCAAGAUUGCUGGUGCAGGAACGAUAUACACCGAUGACACGCACGGCCUUGAGACUGCUCUGAGCGUCCACAGAUACCGCUUUGCGCAUCGUUUAAUG